AUGCAACGGGCCGGAGGAGGAGCGGCCGCAGCAGCAGCAGAGCCCGGAGGAGGAGGUGACAACGGCGGCGAGGCGGUUGCAGCAGCAGCGGCCUCUUAUCGGGUGUUGAGUCGCUUACUGGGGUACGGCGGAGCAGAGUCAGCCGCCGCCGGCUUGGGGUUGAGCAGAGCUGUCGGAGAGACUGCCGCUAUUGCAACUCGGGAUCGCGGAAGGGCGGGCGGGUUGCGGGGCUCGCAGCUUCUGGUCUUCCGCCCUGGAGAAACCGGAGAGUCCUCGGCUGGGUCCCCAGUUGGCUGUCUGCCUCCUCCGCCACCGCCACUGCCUCAGCCACCCCCGUCGGAGCUCCUGUGUGCUAGGCAUCGUUGUGCUCUCCUGGAUGCUCCUAAGGGCGAGCCAGGAGGGGGACGAUGCUGGAGCGGAACGCCGGGUGGUUUCAUUUUCCCUCCAGGAGCCGACCUGGAGUUACAGCUGGCGGCUCUGGGGCUUCAUCAAGCACCUCCGACGGUGCUAGGAGGGCUGGGCAAGCCUUCCGGCGAUUGCUCCUGCAUGAGCCUCGUGCCUCAGCCGGCGAUGGCCCCGCCGCCCACUCUGUCCUUGUUACCCCCGGGGGAGGACACCAGCGACGCCCUGCUGGUGCUAGAAGCUCUGGGACCUGACGAGGAGGAUGAGGAAGAGACGGCUGCAGGGCAGGCCGAACCCUCCAGUAACACCAGUAUGGGGAGCAGCCGCGUCCAGUUGCCCGCUGCAGCCGUCCAGGUGCUCGCUGCUGCUGCCGCUGCUGCCGCUGCCUCUGUUCCUCCUCCUCCUCCUUCGGCAGGCCCGGUACCCGCCGUUGCUACCCCGCGUCCCAGCUCUUCGGCCCCCUCCAGGAAAGGUUCCUUAAAGGUUCGCCUCAGCCGCCUUUUCCGCACCAAGAGCUGCAGUGGGCCGUCCUGCAACGCCGGGGCGGCCGCUGGAGCACGCCGGACCGGAGAGAGGGAACUUCUUCAAGCCGCUGCUGCCCCAGCCCCCUCGGGCACGGCAGGAAGCCUCCCCGAUGUGUCUCAACCUGGCUACCGGGAACAGGACUCGAGCAGAAAACAAAGACUGAUGCGAACACAAAGUGCCUUUUCUCCAGUUGCUUUUGGUCCCCUCUUCACAGGGGAGACAGUAUCACUGGUAGAUGUUGAUAUCUCUCAGCGUGGCCUGACAUCACCACAUCCUCCAACACCUCCACCUCCUCCACGGCGAAGCCUCAGCCUUCUGGAUGAUAUCAGUGGGACACUGCCUGCAUCUGUCUUAGUGAAUCCGAUGGGAUCUUCGUCGCUCCAGUCUUUUCCUCUGCCUCCACCGCCUCCACCACAUGCCUCCGAGGCGUUUCCCCGGAUACUCCCAAUCAGAGCAUCUGAAGCGGUACACAGUCAAUCUACACAGCACCUUCAAUGCCCCCUUUAUCGGCCUGAUUCAAGCAGUUUUGCAGCUAGCUUACGAGAGUUGGAAAAAUGUGGAUGGUACUGGGGCCCUAUGAACUGGGAAGAUGCUGAGAUGAAGUUAAAAGGGAAACCGGAUGGAUCGUUUCUGGUUCGUGAUAGCUCUGAUCCUCGUUACAUUCUGAGCCUCAGCUUUCGAUCACAGGGUAUUACCCAUCACACCAGAAUGGAGCAUUACCGAGGAACCUUUAGUCUUUGGUGCCAUCCAAAAUUUGAGGACCGUUGCCAAUCUGUGGUGGAGUUCAUUAAACGUGCUAUCAUGCAUUCCAAAAAUGGAAAAUUCCUUUAUUUCCUGCGAUCAAGAGUGCCAGGUCUCCCUCCAACUCCUGUCCAACUUCUUUAUCCAGUCUCUAGGUUCAGCAAUGUCAAGUCGCUACAGCAUCUCUGCCGGUUCCGGAUAAGGCAGCUAGUCCGCAUCGAUCACAUUGCAGAGCUCCCACUUCCUAAGCCUCUGAUCGCAUACAUUCGCAAGUUCUACUACUAUGACCCUCAAGAGGAAGUGUAUCUCUCACUAAAGGAGGCCCAGCUGUUUUCCAAACAGAAACACGAAGCAGGUUCCUCUACGAAAUGGGUCACCAGUAUCCUGUAGCUGGGGAAGUUGCACUGGAAAAAGACGCCUGGUGUUUCCUUUCUGGCUGUCUUGGGCCUCCGGAAAAGAGUCCCAGGCUUGAACAGAAGCACAACUGUGCACAGAAACGGGCACCAUGACCUCACCUGGUUCCAAAAAGAAGUUGGAAUCCACUGAAGCUGGACUGUAGGCUCCUGAAAGGAUGAAGAAUGUUAUUUUUCUUGUCAAAAUUUCUAUUUUUGGGGUGCUUUAUUUUCUUUCCAUGUUUUCCAACAUAUGGGGAAUUGCGAGCCAGUUUAAUGUUUUUGUUUACCUUUUGGCAUUUGGGGAUGUGGAGGGUCAGAUAAUUGCCACGGUCUCCAAGAUUUUAUGAGCAAAGCCUGCUCCCCGGUUCCAGUGUCUUUAAGAAUGCUGCUUUUGUAAGAAGGGUUUGAACUCAAGAUGCAUUUGAGUUCAAGCUGUAUAAAACAGUUGCUUUGGGAGGGUUGAGCUUUUCUUUACUGGAGGUAUGCCAGCUGAAGCUGGACGCCUGUCUCUCAUGGGACCGCAUUGUGGAUCCUGCAGUAGGUUGGGUUUCGCGUAUUCACCCAGUUCCAUUCCACCUUUGGGAUUCUGGGAGACCAGAAUUUGGGUAGUUGAGUCAGGGAGGCAAAGAAGAGCUGAAAUACAACUUCUUCCUCACUUAAAAAAGCUGGAUAACAUUUGCAGGAGGGGGCGUGCAGGGGGAUGGGAGGUACCAGAAUAUAAGUUUAAUUAAGCAAUGGAAAAUUAGCCAGAUUGGGGAAAAAUUGCUUUUGCCUUCUGUUUGAAUGCAAAUGGGACACGGGUAGCAAUGUGGAUGGUUUCCACUGCAGGGGCCAUCAGCCAUUGAAAACGGACAGAUUUCUCCCACUUACUUUAUUUUUCAUUUCUUUCUGCUAUUAUUAACACUGUAAUUCACCAAUGCUGUUGUAAAAGCAUUGGUAUAUCCCCUUUAGGCAGAAAUGACCAGCUGAAGUCAGUCCUGGUCUUACAUGGGGUUUCAUCCUAUUGCCCUUCUCGAGAAUGGAAAGCCAAGAUAGCAAGAGCACUUAGGCUUAGAUAAGCCAGCAAACAAGUUGCGGCUUAUUAAAUAAAAAGUAAGGCCUCUGGGAUCUUCUGCGGUAAAUUUUGAAGCACCUUAGUCCUAUCUUACUUUGAGGUUGGGAUGAAAAGUCAAGAGCAGAAAUUCAUGAUCCUCACUUUUUCUCUAAGCCCAGAAAAUCACUUUUUGUAAGAAAGAAUUGUGUGCAGUUUCCAACUUCAUUUUGAAGAGCAAGAUUUUGCCUGAGCAAAAUUCAAACCAUCUCUCCAUUACUGAGAAGUAUGUGCAACAUCUACAAAAUACAUUGUCCUCUUUAUAUGUAAUAAGUCUCCUGCAUAUGUAGUUUAAGGUACUUGGUGUAAAUUUCUUGCUGACAUUUUUGAAAGCUGUGGUAAUUUAAUAAUUUAUUAUAAUUUAUUUAUUGUUGUUAGGUUGAAAAGCUUGUU